AUGCCCAUUCCGGCAGGUGCCGAGACCUUGGUGGGGCCAAGCGGCCUCGUGUCGACGCCAAUGAAGCUUCGAAGCAUGAAGCGGAAGCUCGAGGAUACCGCGAAAGAACCGAACAAAAGCAGUCGAUAUGCCACGAGAGCGACAACGAGAGUCACAACGAGAGCGACAGCGAUUGAAGGAGAAGUCGAUUAUGCGAACGAUCCGAGGAAGGGAAACAGUAGCAACAUCAACGAGGGAAGGGUGAUGCUCCAAAAGGCCUUGGAAUUAUUGGGCGAGUACCGCGCUGGCACACGUCAGACCUGGUUGGAGGCAAGUUGGUUAUGUCGUGGUGGGGGCAAAUGGGUAUCAGACCUUGGUAGCGCUUGAUCAUCAGACAAAGGUAGGGGUGAGCGACCCAAAGCCAAGAAGGCGAUUAUUCGGCUUGACGGGUCACUUUCCGGUGCGAGAGGGGAGAAACUGACGGCUCAGCAGCAAGUGCACCCGGAUAGGGAA